AUGGCUACCAGAGUGGUGGUCACCGGACUGGGCUGUAGGACACCUCUUGGUGCCAGUUUAGCUGAAUCAUGGCAAAACCUUUUGAAGGGUAGAUCAGGGAUAGUUGCACUCGCUUCCCUGCCGAACUACAGCUCGGAUUUCGAACCAGUAUCGCAUAGUAUACCGGCAUCAGUCACCGUGGGGAAAUGCCAAGACGGAUUGGAGCAGUCGGGCGGUUUGAUUACAGAUCAGGACCAGCGUAGGUGUGCUCAGUUCACCAAAUUGGCGCUGCUGAGCACCGAGGAAGCUCUGAAGGACGCUGGAUUGCUGAACGAGGACAAUUCCACUCUGGAUACGUCUAAAGCUGACCCGGAGAGGUUUGGCUGCGUCAUUGGAUCAGGCAUAGGCUCGAUUGAGGAUAUAUGUUCGGCCACCUUGGCGCUUCACAACGAUCGCAAGAAGGUCUCGCCGUUGUUUAUACCGAGAAUACUGUCGAAUAUGGCGGCUGGUAAUGUGUCGAUAAAGUUUGGGCUCAAGGGAAUUUCGCAUUGUGUGUCUACUGCGUGUGCCACAGGUAAUAACGCUAUUGGCGAUGCUUACAAUUUCAUUCGUCUUGGUAUGCAAGAUAUUUGCGUUGCUGGGGCUAGUGAGUCCUGUAUAAAUCCAUUAUCGCUCGCUGGAUUCAUCAGGGCGAAGAGUAUCAAUACAGAUGACGGGGUUUCGAGACCCUUUGAUCGUCGCAGAUCUGGCUUUGUGCUUGGUGAAGGCGCCGGUAGCCUGGUGGUAGAAUCCCUCGAGAGUGCCCUCAGACGUAAGGCGACGAUAUACGCUGAAAUCAAAGGUUACGGGUUAAGCAGUGACGCCUUUCACAUCACGUCACCCUCUCUCGAUGGCGAAGGGGCAAGACGUGCCAUGAAGAUGGCGAUUGAAAUGGGUAAAAUCGAUGCAAGCGACGUGGGUUAUGUGAACGCCCAUGCUACCUCAACUGUGCUCGGCGACAGGGCGGAAUCGCACGCUAUAAAGGCGACCUUACUACCAGGGAGACGUGAAGAACUGUUUGUUUCCAGUAAUAAAGGCGCUAUCGGUCACCUCUUGGGUGCUGCAGGCGCCGUCGAGAGCAUAUUCACGAUAAUGGCCCUGAAGGACAGAAUAAUCCCUCACACUUUAAAUCUGACCGAUGUCGGCGGCGCUAAAGGUGACGAUUAUGAAGCCUUAUUCAGCGGUAUCAAUUUCUUACAGAAGCAGCCAAGGAAGCAUGAGGGGCUACGCUACGCUUUAUGCAACAGUUUUGGAUUUGGUGGAGUAAAUACUUGUUUGCUCUUUGAAAGAUGGCAGCAUGAUAUGUAG